AUAUUUUUUUUAAUUGCAGCAAGUAGUUGGUUUUUAAAAUGAAGCAAAAUGAAAGUUGCAAAACCUUAGAGAUUUCAGAAAGUUUAAACAUAGAUGAAUCAAACUAUUUGUUUAUAGAUGAGGUUAGUGAGGCUCUUCUAAAUAAUGUAUCAUCAUCCUCAGAAUUGAUUAGAAUCUUAGAAUUAAAUGGGUUUGAUGGAGUUGAUUUAGAUGACUUUUUGAGUUUACUCAUUGACCUUGGAAGAAUCAAUCUUGUUGAAACUAUUAUAGAAACUUUUCAUGAACCUGCAACCGAAUCUACUAACAAGAGCAUAAAUUUACAAAUGUCAAGUUCUCUUUUAACUCCACUUUCUGGGGAAUUGAUCAAUGCAACUUUAAACAAUAAUGACAUUGAAGAUUGGCAUAAAAAAGUUACAGAAAAUCAACGAAAUGAACUUUCAGAUAAACUAGAAUCAUCAAUUGAAAUCACAUUAAAAACUGAUUUUCUAAAUAAUAAAGACAAUUACAUUGAAAAUCUUAAAGUCUAUGUAAAUAAAGCGGAAGUUGCAGCAUAUAUUAAUGCAAGAAGCAAGGUUGAAUAUAUUCAGCUUUUAGAAGGAAAAAUUUUGGAAAUACAGAUAAAACUCAAAGACCACAUGCAAAAAAACUAUGAAGUACAAAUAGACCCUAUAGAAAUAUGUAUAGAAAAAAUGCUUGAAACAGAUGAGUUAGAUGAGGUAGAUAAUGAAAGUGCACAUAAAAUCGAGGAAGAGCUUACAAAAAUACACAUUCAAAAUAUGUGUGUAAAAGAAAUACCUAUUGAAAAAACAUUCAAAACUCAAAAAAUGGAUAAAGAAUUUGAGGAAAUAAUGCUUGAACCACAAGAAACCUAUAAAAGUAUGGACAUUCAGAUAACGCAUGAAAUACAGAAAGAUUUUAAAGAAUCAUAUAUGGAAAAUAAUGAAAAAACAAUUUCAAAAAUCUGCAAUCACCAGCAAGGUUUUACUUUGCUAUUUUCAAAGUAAUCAAGACGAUUAAAGCUAAAAAGAUAUUUAAAGAAUGUUUUAGUGAAUCUCAAAUGUUUACUACGAAUGAUAUGUCAAUCGAUGAACAGCUUUAGGCUUUUAGAAAAGUCACAUAAGAUUCUUCUUAUAAAACUUAAAUUAGAAAAUUAGUUUAUGGAGCACCGUUUGGUCUUCCACAGAUUUUUUCUGCAUUGAUGCCAUCUAUUGGAUCUUUUUGGCCAAAAAUACAUUAUAAAUAAAUUUGAUAAUAAUAUAAAAUACUUCAUUAUUUAGCAUAAUUUAUUUUACUUAUACAGAUUAUAUUAUAAAAUAUGUUUGUAAAGUUUAUAUAUAAAUGUAUUAGAUCAUAAUAUACUUGAUUUUGGUUUUAUUAGAUAUGUAAAGUUAUAUUCUAAUAACAUAAAUAAUAAAAUUAUAUUCUCAUAGCAAAUACAUUCAAAAUGUUUAAA